AUGACAAGCACCCUAUCUCCAGCUUCUUUUAACAUAACAUCUAUUGUUAAUCAAACAGAAGCAUCUAAGAGUGUUGAUAGCGUUACUAUAUAUGAAUCUGCAUUCUAUUUUUCUGCUGGAAGUCUUGGAACAGUUUUCAACUCUCUCGUAUUGUUCAUAGCAUUAAAAUAUGUUAAUUCGGAUGACAAACCAAGACAAAUACUUGUUUUCAAUAUGACAAUCGCAGAUCUAUUGUUCAGCGUUGUAUAUGUUCUAACACGUCCAUUUUUGAACAUAUUUCCUAUUUUUUUGUGUAAACCAUAUUAUAUAAUUAUAUGGACCGUUCAAUUAUGCAGCACAUUGAAUCUUGUUUGGUUGAAUUUGGAUAAACUCAUCUUCAUACAGUAUCCAUUACAUUAUUAUCAAUUGGUUAAUCGAUAUAAAGUAUUAAUACUAUCGAUUAUAACAUGGUCAUUCUUGACUAUACUCGCAUUCUCUGUCAGCUUAUUCAUGGAUGCAUCGCUCGGAUGUACUCGAGUUCAAUUGGAUAUGAACAUCUAUCUACCUAUCUGUAUACUGUAUGCUGUUAUGAUCUUAACAUCAUUCAUUAUAUCAGCCAUCAUAUACUUUGUUGCUCAUACAUCAUCUAAGAUGGAAGAACGACAACGAUCGGGAGUUUAUAAGCGAUUGUUUUUCUUAUUUUCAAGUACAUUAUGGACAUUCUUUACAUGCUUACCCUAUCGUGUACUCUAUCUAACGAACAUGUUAUGUGGAUCAUGUCGUUCAUCAGUUCUUAAUGAUGCAACAAACUUCUUCUUCCGAAUCUUAGUUAUUGGUACGAUUAUCAAUCCACUCAUUACAAUAUGGACACAACGCAUCUAUCGUGUGAGCUUCCUCAAACUGUUUGGAAAGAAGAAGCCAGUUAACCAUAUGCUUAUAACAGCUAAUGUUAGAGAGAAAGACUCAACUACUGGACGUGCAUGUCGUUCUAAAAGUACUGUUUAA